CUGACAUUGUUUUCUCUGCUUCACACUCCGUACAAUCAAGAAACAACCACUUUCCGCUCUCUAACUCUCUAGCGCCCGUUCCAGGUUGCCUUCAGCCCCGUGCAAGCGACCGUCAGCGCGAUCCUGUUCGUCAGAUAGGAGCCGGGAGCCGUACUAGGGACACUGGACCCCUAUACAACGAUACCAGCAGAUUUCCAUUUUUUGCAAAAACGAGCAAAAAGCGGUACCCUCAGGGCCUCGACAGCCGGGACCGUCAGCCGCCACUUGAAACGAUGCCAUUUCGAAAUGCUUACCAAGGGCAGAAUGGCUCUCAUGACUUUCAUAACCAGCGUCACGCCCAACACCUAGCCAUCGUUGAUCCCGACUCCGUCGAUUACAGCGGGUGGCAUGAGAUGGACUUUACGACGGCACCCCUCAAUCAUCCCUCCAUAGCCACGACCUCCGAUAUCCAGCAAGCUCAGGGCCCCAAGUACGCGGCCAGCAUGGACACCGACAUUGACUCAAUGGCCUAUCUACGCCCCGGCCGGCGACAGAACUCCACAGGCUCUUCUCACCAUCAUCAGCAGCAACAGCAGCCCGCCCUCCCCUCAGGAGACCUCUACAGCACCGGACCCUUCACCUACUCGCAGCUUCUCAACAUGGACGCUGACCUGACGUCCCUGGAUCAGUCGAGCCUCAGCAGCUCACGCACCGACACCGACUCCAACAUGAUCAACGACGGCAGCACCAUGGCCAGCUCACUCUCGGGGGCUGACGCCCUCAACACCUCGCCCCCCGUCGCCACGCUCGAUCCCAUCUCGAUCCAGCUGUCCAAGAACGACGAAAAGCUGUGCCCCCUGAUAGCAGGCCAGGUCGACUCCUGCCAGCCGCAACGGUGCGGCCCAGACGCCCCGUGCAUGAACUUCACCACGCUCCCGCCCAUCGAGGAAUGCACGUCGGUCCCGUGCAUAACGCAGUCGUCGUCCCCCAACGAGACCAUGAUCACCAGCGAGAGCGUCGUGUCCCUGCACCAACGACCCGGCCUCGGCUCGAGGUCGACCACCGGGCGGUCGGCAGGCGUGCGGCGGUCGUCGACGUCCUCCGGCGACAACCAGGUGCAGUCGGUGCCGCUCCCCCCUCGCACCUCCAACAAGACCGCGGCGGCGCGGCGCCAGGCGGGCCGGAACAACAACAAGAAGGUGGCCGCGGUCGCCGCCACCGAGAUCCGCUCCGACGACGACGACGAUGACGAUCAGAUGAACCCCAACAAGCCGACCGCGCCGUCCAAGGCCGAUGCCAAGCAGCGCGCGAAGCAAGCCCACUCGCUCGUCGAGCGCAAGUACCGCGAGAACCUGAACGCGAAGAUCGCCCAGCUCCACACCACACUGCAGUCGUCCCACUACGGGCCCAAGGCCAACGAGGACGGCGACAGCGACGCCCCCAGCGCGGCCGUGCCCGCCAACAAGGUCCGCAAGAGCGACGUCCUGACCGAGGCCAUGAACUACGUCAACCAGACCGAGGUCGAGAUGCGGCACAUGGAGAACGAGAUCCAGAGGUUGGGCGAAAGAGUGAGGGUGCUGGAGAAACUGGUCCGCUGCGAAGACUGCAGUCUGCUCAAGCAGAUGGUCAACCUUCAAGUCCAAGCCGUCUGAUGGUGCCCGAAUCGUGCAAGCACACGAGACGAAUUUCUUUUUGCAGCCUUUUUGUUUCUUGAUGGAAAUCCAUCUUUGCUCAAUGCUUUGUUUACUCUGGCUCUCCCUCCAACUUUCGACACGGAUCAUCAUCAUCAUCAUCAUCAUUACUCAUCAUCACCAUCAUCGACUACAUCCGGCCAAAGGCUCGUGGUACCGAGUCCAAUUUCACAUUUGACGGGGGGAAUGGGAGGCCAAGAGCGUUUUCGGCGCUAUUUUCGGGUCACAAAUCCAAAAGGAUUCAAGGUGUUACACAAAGGGAAUCAACGUUUCUGGCGUUCUUGGACUUUUCCUUUUUUUUCGUGUCUUUCUGGUGCAAACCCCAUCAGACUUUUUGUCUAAAGGGUUAUUGGGUUUAGCAAAUGGGGAAGGGCAGGCAACGCGUCUAGCCAUGAGGAAUUAUUGAAAGUGUGACGGGAAAUUUUUCAUGUAUGAAGGAUUUUUUCGAGCUUUUGAGAACGUGUGUGAGGUGGUGAAACAAGAGUUCACACUCCCACGAACGAAGAAGAAAAAAGGGGCCAAGAUGCGACGAUAUGGUAUGGGAAACAAUGGACACACACUCCCUCCCGAUCCAUCCGUAUUGAGGGUACAUGUAGUUGGGAGGAUGAUAUAUAUAUGCACGAAGAAGCAAGCACACAUGAAACCGGGCGGCUCUCAAAAAAAAGAAAGAGAUGCUGGCCACGGGAUGCUCCAGACGAAAAGACUUUUUGAAAUGCAAAUUCGCGACGGUUCAAGAACUAUUCACUCCGUACACACUCCUUGCUUUUUCUUGUUCUUUCUUCCACGCUACGGGUAAACCUCUUUGCCACCUCGAAACGGCACUUUGGAUCGACGGUCUUUAUCAAUGGAUCAAUUUCUGUAAUUAAGAUAUAAAAUGUCCAUCCCAUCUCGCAG